AUGGCUUUCCACGUGGAGGGGCUGGUUGCUAUAAUCUUGUUUUAUUUGGCUAUUCUGUUUGUCGGUAUCUGGGCUGCCUGGAGAACUAAGAACUCUCGUGGGGAUGGAGAUCCUCGAGAAGGGAUUAUUGUGGGUGGCAGAGACAUUGGAUUGCUCGUUGGUGCUUUUACUAUGACUGCAACAUGGGUUGGUGGAGGCUAUAUCAAUGGAACAGCAGAAGCCGUGUAUGUGUCAGGCUAUGGGUUGGCUUGGGCUCAAGCACCAAUUGGCUAUUCCCUCAGCCUCAUUGUAGGUGGUCUGUUUUUUGCAAAACCUAUGAGGUCAAAAGGAUAUGUGACAAUGCUGGAUCCUUUCCAGCAGAUAUAUGGAAAACGAAUGGUAGGUUUGAUUUUCAUACCUGCACUGAUGGGAGAAAUGUUCUGGGCCGCUGCCAUCCUCUCUGCUUUAGGUGCCACCAUAAGUGUUAUAGUGGACAUUGACAUCAACAUUUCUGUAGUAGUGUCUGCCUUGAUUGCCACCUUCUAUACUCUUGUUGGUGGACUAUACUCUGUUGCUUAUACGGAUGUUGUUCAACUAUUCUGCAUCUUUGUGGGAUUGUGGAUCAGUGUACCUUUUGCAAUGACUCAUCCCUCAGUUACAGACAUCACAGUGACAGCUGUGGAAGAAGUCUACAAGGAUCCUUGGCUGGGCAGCAUUAGGAGAGAAGAUACCUGGUCUUGGAUUGACAGUUUCUUGCUUCUGAUGCUAGGAGGAAUUCCCUGGCAGGCCUAUUUUCAGAGGGUCUUAUCUGCUUCUUCUGCAACCUAUGCACAAGUGCUCUCUUUCUUAGCUGCUUUUGGUUGUUUGAUAAUGGCAAUUCCUUCGAUUCUAAUUGGAGCCAUUGGAGCCUCCACAGAAUGGAAUCAAACCUUAUAUGGCUUACCUGAUCCAGAGUCCAGAGAAGAAACAGACAUGAUUCUACCCAUUGUACUUCAAUAUUUGUGCCCACCUUACAUCUCCUUCUUUGGACUUGGUGCCGUAUCUGCUGCAGUUAUGUCAUCAGCAGACUCUUCCAUUUUGUCAGCCAGUUCAAUGUUUGCUAGGAAUAUUUACCAACUUUCAUUUAGGCAAAAUGCAUCAGAAAAUGAAAUUGUCUGGGUGAUGCGGACUACUGUGUUUAUAUUUGGAGCUGCUGCCACAGCUAUGGCUUUACUGGCAAAGUCAGUUUAUGGACUUUGGUACCUGAGCUCUGACCUGGUCUACAUUGUUAUCUUCCCACAGCUUCUUUGUGUUCUAUUUAUCAAAGCAACCAACACUUAUGGGUCUGUUGCAGGAUAUGUGCUUGGGCUAUUUCUCAGAAUAAGUGGUGGAGAGCCAUAUCUCCACCUGCAGGCACUUGUCUGUUUCGGAAACUGCUACAUGGACAAGAAUAACAUAAUUCUGCAAAGGUUCCCUUUCAAAACUCUUUCUAUGCUAGUUUCAUUUCUAACAAACAUAGCUAUCUCUUACUUUGCAAAGUAUCUGUUUGAAACAGGAACAUUGCCACCAAAAUUAGAUUUCUUUAAUGCUGUGGUGGCUAAGCACAGUGAAGAAAACAUGGACAAGACAACAUUAGUGAAGAGUGACAAUAUUAAUUUGUCUGAGUUAGCUCCAGUAAAGCCAAGACAAAGCCUGACAUUGGGUGCAACAUUUGUAAAUAAGGAAGCCAUCAGUGACUUGGACUCAAGCCCAGAGUCUCCAGACAUGGAAAACAAGGACCUGUGA